CAUUUUUUUUUCCUUUUUCUUUUUCUUUUUCCAAGAAACUUAUUUUGGGGGGGUUGCUCUGGGCAUUUGCUUUGCCCAGUAGUUGAAAAGUGAACUCGACUCGUGAUGGUUCUCCUGUCACUUUGGUUGAUAGCAGCUGCUCUGGUAGAGGUUAGGACUUCAGCUGAUGGACAAGCUGGUAAUGAAGAAAUGGUGCAAACAGAUUUACCCGUAAAGAGACACGGAGAGUAUGAGCUGGUGACUCCAAUUAGCACAAGUCUAGAAGGACACUAUCUUUCCUACAUUCUGUCUGCAAAUCACAAAAAGAGGUCAAGGAGGGACGUGUCUUCCAACUCUGAGCACUUGUUCUUUAACAUCACGGCAUUUGGAAAAAAUUUUCAACUGCGACUGAAGCCCAACACUCAACUAGUAGCACCUGGGGCUGUCGUGGAAUGGCAUGAGACGUCUCUGGUGCCUGGGAAUAUAACCGACUCCAUUGAUGACCUUCAGCCAGGAAAUACUUCAGAGACAGCCUGGAAAACAGAGCCUUUGCAGACGAACUGUGCUUAUGUUGGUGACAUUGUGGACGUUCCGGGAACUUCUGUUGCAAUCAGCAACUGUGAUGGUCUGGCUGGAAUGAUAAAAAGUGAUAAUGAAGAAUAUUUCAUUGAACCCUUGGAAAGAGGGAAGCAGAUGGAAGAAGCCAAAGGAAGGGUUCAUGUUGUUUACAAGAGAUCAGCAUUAGAACGGGCUCCCAUCGACCUGUCCAAAGACAUACACAGCAGAGAGUCAGAUCUGGAAGGCCUUGAUGGUCUAGGUGCGCUUUACAUCAGCAGCAUCAAGCAGCAGCUGAACAAAACGACAAGGCACCGUAGACACGCGGGGGAAAACGACUAUAACAUCGAGGUGCUGCUGGGAGUGGAUGACUCUGUGGUCCGUUUCCAUGGCAAAGAGCAUGUCCAAAACUACCUCCUCACUCUGAUGAACAUUGUGAAUGAAAUUUACCAUGACGAGUCCCUUGGAGUACAUAUAAAUGUGGUCCUGGUGCGCAUGAUAAUGCUGGGUUAUGCAAAGUCCAUUAGCCUCAUAGAAAGGGGAAACCCAUCCAGGAGCUUGGAGAAUGUGUGUCGCUGGGCUGGCCAACAACAAAAAUCUGAUCCCAACCAUUCUGAACACCAUGAUCACGCAAUUUUCUUAACCAGGCAAGACUUUGGACCUGCUGGAAUGCAAGGAUACGCUCCAGUCACGGGCAUGUGUCAUCCAGUGAGAAGUUGUACUCUGAACCAUGAGGAUGGUUUUUCAUCUGCUUUUGUAGUAGCCCAUGAAACUGGCCAUGUGCUGGGGAUGGAGCAUGAUGGACAAGGCAACAGGUGUGGUGAUGAGACCGCUAUGGGAAGUGUCAUGGCUCCCUUGGUGCAAGCGGCAUUUCAUCGUUACCACUGGUCCCGAUGCAGUGGUCAAGAAUUGAAAAGAUACAUCCAUUCCUAUGACUGUCUCCUUGAUGACCCUUUUGAACACAAUUGGCCCAAACUUCCAGAGCUUCCUGGAAUAAAUUAUUCCAUGGAUGAGCAAUGUCGUUUUGAUUUUGGUGUUGGUUAUAAAAUGUGCACUGCGUUCCGAACCUUUGACCCAUGUAAACAACUGUGGUGUAGCCAUCCUGAUAAUCCCUACUUCUGUAAGACUAAGAAGGGACCUCCGCUUGAUGGGACUGAAUGUGCUCCUGGAAAAUGGUGCUAUAAGGGUCACUGUAUGUGGAAGAAUGCUAAUGAACAAAAACAAGAUGGCAAUUGGGGAUCAUGGACCAAAUUCGGCUCCUGUUCUCGGACCUGUGGAACUGGUGUUCGUUUCCGAACACGCCAGUGCAAUAAUCCCAUGCCCAUCAAUGGUGGUCAGGAUUGUCCCGGUGUUAAUUUUGAAUACCAGCUUUGUAAUACCGAAGAAUGCCAAAGACACUUUGAGGACUUCCGCGCACAGCAGUGUCAGCAGCGUAACUCCCACUUUGAGUACCAGAAUACCAAGCACCACUGGCAGCCAUACGAACACCCCGACGCCAGGAAAAGAUGCCACCUGUACUGUCAAUCCAGAGAGACGGGAGCUGUUGUGUAUAUGAAACAGCUGGUACAUGACGGAACACGCUGUUCCUACAAGGAUCCGUACAGCAUAUGCGUGCGAGGGGAGUGCGUGAAAGUGGGCUGUGAUAAAGAAAUCGGUUCUACCAAGGUUGAAGAUAAGUGCGGUGUCUGUGGCGGAGAUAAUUCCCAUUGCCGAACCGUGAAGGGGACGUUUACCAGAACACCCAAGAAGUUUGGGAAGACGAGAGGCGCUUUUACUUUACCCAAAGGAGCUCGUAAUAUUUCUCUUACUGAAACAAGAGAAGCUAAAAACAAGCUGGCUAUUAAGAACCAGGCUACAGGUCACUAUAUUCUGAAUGGCAAAGGAGAGGAAGCCAAGUCACGAACCUUCAUAGAUCUUGGUGUGGAGUGGGAUUAUAGCAUCGAAGAUGACAUUGAAACUCUUCAUACUGAUGGACCCUUACAUGACCCUGUUAUUGUUCUGAUCAUACCUCAGGAGAACGAUACCCGCUCCAGCCUGACGUAUAAGUACAUCAUCCACGAAGACUCUGUACCUACAAUCAACAGCAACAAUGUCAUCCGGGAAGAGUUAGAUACUUUUGAAUGGGCUUUGAAGAGCUGGUCUCAGUGUUCCAAACCCUGUGGUGGAGGUUUCCAGUACACGAAAUACGGAUGCCGAAGGAAAAGCGACAAUAAAAUGGUGCACCGCAGCUUCUGUGAGGCCAACAAGAAGCCAAAACCUAUUAGACGAAUGUGCAACAUUCAGGAGUGUACACAUCCACUCUGGGUGGCAGAGGAGUGGGAACACUGCACCAAAACCUGUGGGAGUUCUGGCUACCAGCUUCGCACCGUGCGCUGCCUCCAGCCUCUCCAGGAUGGCACCAACCGUUCUGUGCACAGCAAGUACUGCAUGGGUGACCGACCCGAGAGCCGCCGGCCCUGUAACAGAGGGCCCUGCCCAGCUCAGUGGAAAACGGGGCCUUGGAAUGAGUGUUCAGUAACUUGUGGUGAAGGAACAGAGGUGAGGCAGGUUCUCUGCAGGGCUGGAGACCACUGCGAUGGUGAAAAGCCUGAAUCAGUUAGAGCCUGUCAGCUGCCUCCCUGCAAUGAUGAGCCAUGUUUGGGGGACAAGUCCAUAUUUUGUCAAAUGGAGGUGCUGGCCCGCUACUGCUCCAUCCCCGGGUAUAACAAAUUGUGUUGUGAGUCGUGUAGCAAGCGCAGCAGCACCGUGUCACCACCCUAUCUUCUAGAAGCUGCGGAAACUCAGGAUGAUGUUCUCUUUAACCCGGGUGACCUCUCUAGGUCUCUAGUGAUGCCUACACCUUUUGUUCCUCACCAUUCAGAGACCCCUACUGAGAAGAAAGCUCUGAGUAGCAUCUCUUCAGUGGGACAUCCAAAUGCAUAUGCUGCUUUCAAGCCAAACAGUAAACCUGAUGGUGCUCACUUACCCCAGAGGAGAACUGAGCAUGCAGGAACCCAGACUCUGCGGCUGGUCUCCGUAUCUUCCUCUCCACCCACCAAGAGUGGCCACCUCCGUUCAACUUCACGCAUGGCUGCAGAUCCCUUCCUUGCAGUCAGUGAUUCCAUAGGUGCUUCUUCUCAGGCAAGAACCUCAAAGAAGGAUGAAAAGGUUAUUGACAGGAGACAUCCAGUAAGAUCGUCCACCUCAGAAAGAUGAGAAAGUAAAACUCCAAGGCUAACAAUCAGAGGAAAACCUGGACAACCUCCCUCUCCCCAUGGUGCAUACAGCUAGGUUAAUGUGGAAAUCUCCUUAGAGCAUCAACUCAUUUUAUCUGUACGUGGAAGAACAAAAAGUGCUGGUUCACUUUCUAGUUGCUUUCAUCCUCCAUUUGUUCUGCAUUGACUCACUUACCAGAAUUCAGUGGAAGAAAGCACCAAAGAUUAGGAACAGAAGGAAAAGAAGUUGCUAAGUGUGUUGGUCACGCUCAAAAACAGAAAAGGAACUGGCACCGGGUGUGCAUAGCAGCUGAUUUUUUACAGUACAAAUUAAGAGAUGCCAACAGUUUACACUUUAACUAGAAAUUUUGGAAAUGGAACAAAGAAUUCUUAGACUUAUAUACCUAUUUAUCUAUAUUAGAAAUAUUGUAUGAGCAAAUUUGCAGCUGUUGUGUAAAUACUGUAUAUUGCAGAAAUCAGUAUUAUUUUAAGAGAUGUGUUCUCAAAUGAUUGUUUACUAUAUUACAUUUCUGGGUGUUCUGGUGCCUGUCAUGGAGUAUUGCCUUAUUUGACAUUCUAUAGGUUGAUUUUCAAAGCAGACUAUUUCAAAGAAGUUGGAAUUAGAGCUACUGACAAUACAAAUGGUUUCAUUGUAUGGUUUUGUUGAGUCAACAAUGUGAUAUCUAAGUUAUAGGGAAAAAAGCGAAAGGUAAAGAUAGACAGAUCUCAACUUAGCCAGUGCUUUCCAUUCUUAGAAUGAAAAGGCGUAAGAUUGAUGUCUUAGUAUGCUUGUGGUCACAGUAAAUAGUAAGUACACUGUGCAUGAUAAAACAGAAAUUCUGUUACCAGGACCUCUACAGGCACCCCUGAGAUGUCCUGUUCUCUCCUGUUUCAUUGUCGUUAUUGUUGAAAUUCGUCACCGUUGACAUACCUGAGCACAGUUAAACGUGAUGUACUGUACUGAUCACAAAUGAAAAUGUUUGGGGAUAACUUGUUUGUAUGUUGGUAGCUAUAAAAAGUACCAGUGAACUAGAACAAACACUUGAUUGGAAUAGGGCUCUGAAAACAGGUUUGAGAAAGCGCUUGUCAAUGGUUACGGUAUUUAUUUUCUGCAUGGUUCAUAGCCAAAUGUUCACAACCACAAUGCAUCUGACUGCAAUAAUGUGCUAGUAACUUAUGUCAGUGGUCACUUUUGCUCACAGCAAAGCCAGAAAUGCUCUCUCCAGGGAGUUGAUGUAAAGUUCUUGUAUAUAGAAUUCAGAACCGAAGAUAUUUAUUAAAAGUUGUUUUCCUUCAUAUUAUUUUUAUGUACUAGAUAUUUACACUACUAUCCAUGACAUACUCAUAUUUAGGUAAACUAGAGGGACUUAAUUAGAGAUGCAUGCCUUGUUCGGUGCAUAGAAGAGAAAUUUAAGCCAAUUACCACAACCAGUUUAAAGAGCUAAAAUGGAACAAAUCUGAUGUUAUACAUGUUUUGCCUUUUUCAAGUAGUCGAUAAAAAGUUAAUGACUUCUACUCCUUCCAGGAAGCGUAAAACAGUGUGGACUCAACUAGGUAUUUAAUAAAAUAAUGAAUCAGAAACAUUUUUAAAAGUAUGUGAAAGUAAAUAUUUCAUAAGUUACACUUAAAAAGAAAAUGUUAUCAGCAUAAUAUUUUUGAAGUCAGUACCCAAACUGUCUAAUAAUAUAAUGUGUUACCCUCUCAAAACACAUGGUGUACAAGGACUUUUGCAUGUUAGCCAUUGUAAACUUAACAGCUCAACCCAUUAACUCUAUACCUCUACAGAAUCGCUGCUACUUUGUGCAAGAGUGUUGAAGGUCAAACAAAUUAAGUGAAUUUCAGAUAGGAAAUCAAUCCCCUGAGCCUUGUCCCCUCUCACCCCCACCCCAUAUGUCUCCAGAAUGAAAUUCUCUCUAGUUUACUCGCAUGUGCAUCCGUCUGGUCUACAGGGGAAUAUAAAGAUGGUCACACACAGACACCUCCCAUGAAGAUGUACAUAUUCAUUAUACUGCUGACCUUUGAGCUUUCUUUUCUACUAAGCUAAAGAUACCUUUUUAUCAAAGUGUACACUACUGAUACUGUUUGUUGUAUUGGG